CUGGAAAUAAGCUUCGUCUGUAUCUAUCUCUCCACAAGAAUCGGUCCACUCCGAGAAAGGAAAACAAAUAAUAAAAUCAAAAUCAAAAUUUGCCAAAUUCCCAUUCCAUAAGUGUUGAUGGGGUUUCGAUGAAUAAUCCAUUUUGCAACUAUUUUGGAUUUGCGGAAAAACCAAAGAGUGAAGUGAAAGAAAAGAAAAAAAGAGAGAGAAGAUGGCUUGCUUGAAACUGGGUUCCAAAUCUGAAGUCUUUCAUCUAAGUGGUCUCACAUGGCUUUGCUCAACUGGACUCAAACCCGACGUGAUGAUCCAAGUAGAAGACCAAAGCUUCCAUCUUCAUAAGUUUCCGUUGUUGUCAAGAAGUGGAUAUCUAGAAACUCUUUUCAGCAAAGCCUCCGAAACAACUUGCGUGGCUCAGCUUCAUGACAUUCCCGGUGGACCCGAAACGUUCUUGCUCGUUGCCAAAUUCUGUUACGGUGUAAGAAUCGAGGUCACAGCUGAAAACGCAGUGAGCCUCAGAUGUGCAGCAGAGUAUCUCCAAAUGAGUGAAAACUACGGAGAUGCUAACCUCAUCUACCUCACCGAGAGUUUCCUCAGCGAUCACGUUUUCACAAACUGGGAUGAUUCCAUCAAAGCCUUGGAGUGUUGCGAACCAAAACUGCUACCUCUCGCCGAAGAGCUUCACAUUGUCUCUAGGUGCAUUGCUUCUUUAGCGGUCAAGGCUUGUGUUGAGGACACGAGUUUGUUCAACUGGCCAAUCUCACUACCAGAAGGAACCACCACCACUACUACAUUCUGGAACGGGAUACAAACCAAGGCCACGAGCGAAAACUGGUGGUUCAACGAUGUGUCUUCGUUCCUCGAUUUUCAAAUGUACAAAAGAUUCAUCAAAAACGUUGAAUCCAGAGGCGUGAAAGCUGAUAUAAUAGCAGCAUCUGUCACGCAUUACGCCAAACGGAAUCUUCCUCUGCUUGGCUGUUCUAGGCACUCUAGUACAUCUUCAGAGGAAGGUACUAUUAAUGGCGAUGACAUGUACUACUCACACGAAGAUCAAAGAAGUCUCCUUGAGGAGAUCGUUGAGCUGCUGCCGAGCCAAGAACGCGUCACGUCGACGAAAUUCUUGCUCAGGCUUCUCAGGACAUCCAUGGUUCUGCACGCGAGUGCGGUCACUCAGGAGAAUCUCGAGAAGAAGAUCGGUGUGCAGCUAGACGAAGCCGCUCUGGAGGAUCUGCUAAUACCAAACAUGGGAUACUCAGCUGAAACACUCUAUGACAUCGACUCUGUCCAGCGGAUUCUUGAUCACUUCAUGCUGACGUUUGACUCUUCCUCGAGCUGCUACAGUAACAUCGCUCAUCCAUGGCUGACAGAGUCAGAGAGAGAGCAACUGUGCCUGCUGAUGGAUUGCCAGAAGCUGUCUUUGGAGGCAUGCACACACGCAGCACAAAACGAGCGUUUACCUUUGCGAGUCAUAGUGCAAGUCUUGUUCUUUGAGCAGAUGCGGCUUCGGACAUCUAUAGCAGGAUGGUUCUUCGACUCGGACAGCAACAACGACGACACAAGCGGCAAGAUUCCGGCGCUAGAACUAGGACACAAGAAGAUAGCAAAUGCAAAUGUGAUGAUGAAUGGGAUGAGGAACCGCGUUUACGAGCUUGAGAAAGAAUGUAUGAGCAUGAAGCAAGAUCUUGACAAGCUUGUCAAGACUAAAGAAGGACGCAACUUCUUCUCCAAGAUAUUCGGAUUGAGGUUUAAGACUAAGACUUCACCAUGCGGUGGCAGCGGUAAAGGAGGGGACGAAGACGCUCUAAUGACUCGUGAAACCAAAAACUGAUAAGAGAAGAGCAAUAAUAAUAACUAAUAACUACACUUUGGUUCCUUUUUGUUCUUGAAAUUUAUAUGUUUAGACUCUUCUAAGUCUCGUUGAUCAACUUCUUGGUCUAUGACACAAUUGGAGACAUUUUGAAACCACAUGAUCUCG